GAAAGAGGCGCAUUAAUUUACGAUUAAGCCCCCUUUUUAGUUAGAGACAGAAUUAGUUUAGUUGGAUUGUCUUCUACGACAAUCUUAAUCAUUAAAACCAGCUAAACUACUCAUGCUCUGUCACAAUUCUCUCUUUUUUUCACUUUACUCCACCCUCUCUCUCUCUCAUGUUCUGUGCAGAGCACUACUAGCAAGACAAGAGUGGGAGUGGUUGGAUUCGGUUCUGAGCAAUGAUUACUAGUCUUCUAGGACGGAUGAAGCAUCUCUCUAGGAUUCAUAACCUCGUUUUAAGACGACGAGGCGUUCAAUCACAACAUGCAGUAGUAACAUUUUUCUCCAUUUUUGGGAGGAGAGAUAAUUCCUCCAGCCAUGCGCCGGCUGCUCCUGUUGCUCGCCGCCUCGAUAUGCGUCGUUCAUUCUCUCACCAAUCCUCAAGAUGCGGCGGUGCUUCGAUCGCUGAAAGAUCAAUGGGGCGGCACACCGCGCAGCUGGGACAAAUCCGACGAUCCUUGCGCUGCUUGGGAAGGAGUUGCCUGUAACAACUCCAGGGUCACCUCGCUAGGCUUAUCGACAAUGGGAUUGACUGGCACUAUGAGCGGUGACAUUGGUGGCCUCACCGACCUCAUUUCUGUAGAUCUAUCGUUCAACCCCGGCCUGAGAGGCUCGAUUUCUCCUCGUUUGGGGGACCUGCAGAAGCUAACCAUAUUGAUUCUGGCUGGAUGCAGCUUCACCAACACCAUUCCAAGUGAACUAGGAAACCUGUCUGAGCUAACAUUUCUAGCCCUGAACUCGAACAACUUAACCGGGGAGAUACCGCCUUCUCUAGGCAAUCUGUCGAAGCUGUAUUGGUUGGACUUAGCUGAAAACCAGCUGAGAGGCGAAAUCCCAGUUUCUUCAGCCUAUGGUCCAGGCCUCGACCAGCUUAAAAAGGCGAAGCACUUCCAUUUCAAUAAGAACCAGCUCUCGGGAGAGAUUCCCAGCCAACUAUUCAACUCUGACAUGUCUUUGAUCCAUGUACUGUUUGAUGGGAAUCAACUGGAUGGGAGCAUUCCAUCUACAAUAGGACUAGUGGAAACACUCGAGGUUCUUCGUCUUGAUCGGAAUUUCUUGAAAGGGAGUGUGCCACCAAACCUCAACAACCUCACAAACAUGAUAGAAUUGAAUUUGGCUCAUAACAUGUUGUCUGGAGCUUUGCCUAAUCUAACAGGGAUGGACACCCUCAACUAUGUGGAUAUGAGCAACAACUCUUUCAAGCAAACAGCAGCACCUGACUGGUUCUCUAGUUUGCCUUCUCUAACUACUUUGAUGAUUGAAUAUGGACCUCUGGAAGGAUCUGUUCCACAAGAAGUCUUCAGUUUACCUCAGAUACAGCAAGUGAAGUUGAGGAACAAUGCAUUUGGAGCCAAGCUAGACAUGAGCGGCAACGUCAGCCAGCAGCUUCAGCUCAUCGAUUUGGAGAACAAUGACAUAUCAUCAGUAACAAUUGGCUCCGAAUAUAAAAGCACAUUAUUGUUGAUAGGGAAUCCCGUGUGCACGGCCUCCUUAGAAAACACGGUUUACUGCCAGAUUCAGCAGUCCGCCAAGCCUUACUCCACGAGCCUCGCCAACUGCGGGAGCCAGAUAUGCACCUCCGAUCAAAAGCUCAACCCACAGAGCUGCGACUGUGCUUACCCUUAUGAAGGGACACUAUACUUCCGCGCACCCUUCUUCAGAGAUCUGUCGAAUGCAAGCUUGUUCCACACUCUGGAAAUGAGCCUAUGGGUCAAACUAGGCCUAAACCCGGGCUCAGUUUCUCUGCAGAAUGCGUUCUUCAACGUUGAUGACUACCUGCAGGUGCAGCUCGGGCUCUUCCCCUCCGAUGCAAAGUACUUCAACAGAUCACAAGUUCAGAGGAUUGGAUUUUCGCUCACAAAUCAGACGUACAAGCCGCCUAAAGAGUUUGGGCCGUACUAUUUCAUAGCUGCACCUUAUGUUUUUGGAGACGAACAUGAGGGAUCUCACAUCAGCAGAGGCAUGGUUGCUGGUGUAGCAACCGGAUGCUCCUUUCUGGUGCUGAUACUAGCAGGAUUAGGCGUCUAUGCUCUCAGACAGAAACAUCGUGCAGAGCAAGCUAUAUCAUUGAGCAAACCAUUUGCUUCUUGGGCUUCAAGUGGCAAAGACAGUGGAGGAGCGCCACAGCUAAAAGGAGCAAGAUGGUUCUCAUACGACGAGCUCAAGAAAUGCACCAGCAACUUCUCUGAUAGCAACCAGAUCGGGUCUGGAGGCUACGGAAAGGUCUACAGAGGAGUGCUCUCCAGUGGGCAGGUUGUGGCCAUAAAAAAGGCUCAAAACGGUUCUAACCAAGGCGGGCUCGAAUUCAAAACUGAAAUUGAGCUGCUUUCAAGAGUCCAUCACAAGAACCUGCUAGGCCUUGUGGGAUUCUGCUUUGAACAAGGACACCAGAUGCUGGUGUAUGAAUUCAUGUCUAAUGGAACACUCAGGGAAAGUUUGUCAGGCAGGAGCGGAGUUUACCUAGACUGGAAGAGACGCCUAAGGGUUGCGCUCGGAUCAGCUAGAGGGCUAGCUUACCUACAUGAUCUAGCCAACCCUCCCAUAAUCCACAGGGAUGUCAAGUCUACCAACAUCUUACUGGAUGACAAUCUCACAGCUAAGGUUGCAGAUUUCGGCUUGUCGAAACUCGUUUCAGACAGCUCGAAAGGGCAUGUUUCAACUCAAGUGAAAGGCACUCUGGGAUACCUAGAUCCUGAAUACUACAUGACGCAACAGCUGACAGAAAAGAGCGAUGUCUACAGCUUUGGUGUGGUGAUGCUCGAACUCAUAACCGCGAGGCAGCCCAUCGAGAAGGGGAAGUACAUUGUGAGAGAGGUGAGAGUAGCCAUAGACAAGAGUGAUGAGGCACACUAUGGAUUGAGGGACAUGAUGGAUCCUGCCUUAAGAAACACAGCAGCACCCCUGCUAGGUUUUCCUAGGUUCGUGGAGUUGGCAGUGCAGUGCGUGGAGGAGUCCGCAUCGGACCGGCCGGCGAUGACCGAGGUGGUCAAGGCCUUGGAGUUGAUACUGCAGAGUGAUGGGGUUAACACAAACUCAACAUCAGCUUCAUCAUCUGCAACAGAAUUUGGGAGUGUCAAAGGUGCGCGUAGGCACCCCUAUGUUGAUGCUUUCGAUUAUAGUGGUUACACAAUUCAAGCCAAAGUUGAGCCUAAGUGACAAAAAUAAGUGGUGCAUGAAUUUAAUUCAUAUACAGUAUCUGAUUGUUAGAUUUUUGCUCUUAAUAUUAUUUAAAGAUUUCUCAAUUCUUUGGGGAGUUUUGUAGAUUAGAAUAUGGGAAACGUUGUCUGCCGAUGUCUCUUUUGUGUGAAGGGGAAUUGUACAAAGUUAUGUCACCAUUUCGCUAUCUAUAUAUAUAGUAAUAUAGAUAUGUUUGACAGAGGUUCGAAA